AUCGCCGAGAAAACUUCUGUUGUUUUUUUUCUUUCUCUCGGAAGAUUUUCUCGGCAAUUUGAAAAAAAAAGAGUGUUGGAAUCAAAUGUGAUGGGAAGUGGAUUCUCCUCCGUCUUACCUUGCUUCAAUCAAGGUCACCGUAGCCGUCGCCAUCACUCAUCGAAGCGUCAGCCGUCGUCGGCGGCGCAUCAUCCGACUCAUUCCGAUCGGAUCGACUCUCUCUGUGAGCCGUUGGAUGAGACUCUAGGCCAUUCUUACUGCUACGUUCCGUCUUCUAAUCGCUUCAUCUCUCCGUUUCCUUCCGAUCGAUUCGUCUCUCCUUCUGGUUCCUUCCGGUUAUCUCUCUCUCAUGAACCGGGUCGGAUCCGAGCUUCCGGAUCAUCUGAGCAGCUCCACACCGGGUUUAGAGCGAUUUCCGGCGCCUCAGUCAGCGCCAACACCUCGAAUUCCAAAACUGUCCUUCAGCUCGAAGAUAUUUACGACGAUGCCACUGAGAGCACUUUCGGCGGCGGCGUGAGGAGCAGUGUCGUCAAUGCCAAUGGCUUCGAAGGAACGUCGUCGUUUAGCGCUCUUCCGCUUCAGCCCGUGCCUCUAGGUCCGGAUCGGUCGGGUCCUGUGGAACGUAGCGGCCUCUUCAUGUCGGGUCCGAUCGAGAGAGGCGCGACUUCAGGCCCGUUGGACCCUGCCGGAGAAAUUUCGAGAUCUAACUCCGCCGGCGUGCAUUUCUCGGCGCCGCUCGGUGGCGUGUACUCGAAGAAGAGACGGAAAAGGAAGAAGAGCCUUUCCUGGCACCCGAUUUUCGGGGAGAGGAAGCAACGGCCCUGGGUUCUUCCGGUGUCGAAUUUCGUCGUCGGUUCUAAGAGGGAAAACACUGUAAGACCCGACGGCGGCGGCGUUCUCGUCGAAGCUGCGGCACCGGCUGCCGGAGAAAAGGCAAGUGGCGGAAGCGAGAACGAUUUACAGUGGGCAUUGGGGAAAGCAGGAGAGGAUAGAGUGCAAUUAGCUGUUUUCGAGAAGCAAGGAUGGCUUUUCGCUGGGAUCUACGACGGUUUCAAUGGACCCGACGCUCCGGAAUUCCUGAUGGCUAAUCUUUAUCGAGCUGUUCAUAGUGAGUUACAGGGUUUGUUCUGGGAAUUGGAGGAAGAAGAAGAUGACAAUCCAACAGUAACAAAUUCGAAGGAUGAGAGUGGGUUAGAUAGUAGUACUCUAGAGUUAGAGCAACGAGGGAAAGUUGAGGCUGAAGCCGAUGAAUUGGCGAGUUCGAGCUGCCCAGCAACAGAGAAGGAAGAACACGAGAGAGGAAAGAGAUUGGCGUCUCCGUUAGAGGUGGUAGAAGUCAAGGAGAGGAAACGGCUAUGGGAGCUUCUUGCAGAGGCUCAAGCAGAAGAAGCGUUGGAUCUUUCAGGUUCUGACAGAUUUGCAUUCUCAGUGGACGAUGCUAUCAGUGCAGGCAAUGCCGUGUCUGUGGGAAGUAAGAGGUGGCUGCUUUUGUCGAAAUUGAAGCAGGGUUUAUCGAAACAGGGAAUUUCAGGGAGGAAGUUGUUCCCAUGGAAAUUUGGUGUGGAGGAAAAUGAAACGGAGGAGAUAGAUAACAUUAGAGUAGAAGAACCGGUUGAGAAGAGGAGGAAGAGACGAAAGACGGGUGCGGUUGAUCACGAGUUGGUUCUGAAGGCAAUGUCAAAUGGUCUCGAAGCCACGGAGCAAGCAUUCCUAGAAAUGACUGAUAAGGUUCUCGACACAAAUCCUGAGCUUGCACUGAUGGGUUCGUGCUUACUGGUUGCGCUGAUGAGAGAUGAUGAUGUGUAUAUAAUGAACAUAGGGGAUAGUAGGGCUCUUGUCGCACAAUAUCAGGUAGAAGAAGCGGGUGCGAGUGUGGAGACAGGAAGAGUAGAACAAAAAAGCAGUGAUUUAGACAACAGAGAGGAGGCUUCAGUUGUGGAUAAUAAGGAUACUACAGUGGACAAUGAAACAAGUGUGCAGCAAACGAAACUGGUUGCCCUGCAGCUAACAACAGAUCACAGCACGAGCAUCGAAGAUGAAGUAACAAGAAUAAAAAACGAGCACCCCGAUGACAGCCAUUGCAUAGUGAAUGAUAGAGUAAAAGGACGGCUUAAGGUGACGAGAGCGUUUGGAGCAGGGUUCUUGAAGCAGCCUAAAUUGAACGAUGCUUUACUGGAGAUGUUUCGAAAUGAAUACAUUGGUACGGAUCCAUACAUAUCAUGCACACCUUCCCUUCGUCACUACCGGCUAACAGAGAAUGAUCAGUUCAUGGUUCUAUCAUCUGAUGGAUUGUACCAAUACCUAAGCAAUGAGGAAGUUGUUUCUCUUGCCAUGGAGAAGUUCCCAGACGGAGAUCCUGCUCAACAUGUUAUACAGGAACUUCUAGUCCGUGCAGCCAAGAAAGCUGGAAUGGGUUUUCACGAGCUCCUGGAUAUCCCGCAAGGAGAUCGAAGAAAGUAUCACGACGAUUGUACUGUAUUAGUAAUAGCACUUGGAGGAAGUCGGAUCUGGAAGUCAUCAGGAAAGUACCUUUGAGACCACAAUUUGAGCCAACAUGAAAACUCGCCUUAUAGAGAUGAUAAGCCUCUUUUGAUUCAAUGCAUCAAAAGAUCAAAUGGGUGGCAUAAAACGUUACCAAGUUUUCUUGCUUUUUUUUGUUUCCUCUCAUGUUUCACUGUAGGAAUUUUUGGUCAGAUUAGGAGGGGGGGGGGGUUCUGUUUUUGUUUCUUUGUUGAAUAGGGUAGAGAUUGGAAUAGAGGUGGAACCAAAAAAAAAAGAAUAUGUAAUUUGGGUGAAGAGAAGUAGGGUGGGGACAAAAAGGGUAAU